GCAUGCUUUUCAUUUUCAACACGCUGUUCGUAAUUUGUGGCAGAUUUUAUGAAUUUUUAUGUUAAUAAAUAUAUUAACAAUAAUUUAUAGUCAUGAAAAACACGCUUUUGGAGCAUUUAAAGCUCCCAAAAGUGCCCUGUGACCCUGAUGUGGUAGAAAGCUUACGACAAGAAGCUGAACUUGUGCUGGAAGAAGAAACCCAAAAGUACAAAUCAUUUUUACUAGAAAGUAAAAAAUCGGAGACGAAAUGGAUGAUAACGAUGGCGAAAAGUGGUACGUCUUCCGACAAAGUAGCAGCUCUUGCCCUGAUGGUGCAAGAAUCACCGGUCUUCAAUCUGUCAUCUUUAUCAUCGCUUGUCAACAUGGCGAAAGUUUCGAAAAAACAUCAGUUCAAUGUCGUGUUAGAAACCCUUACAGAAUUAUUCGUUAGCGAACUCCUGCAUCCUUCGAAGAAACUUCGUAAAUUUUCCAAACAACCUUUAGCCCAUUUAGCUGAAAUUUGCCCUGAUAAUGCCACUAGACGUGAGAAAUUAUGUAAUUGGUUGUACGAAGAUAAACUGAAGACCUUGUACGAACAAUAUAUCAAGUUAUUGAACGAUGCUACGCAUGAUUCUGUGCAAGCUAAUCGAGAAAAAGCUGUCGGUGCUAUGUUGAAAUUAUUACAAUGUAACAGAGAACAAGAAAACGUGUUAAUAUCAAAUUUGAUCAAUAAAUUUGGCGAUCCCGUUCACAAAGUUGCCAGUCGAGUGGUGUACGGAUUGGAAAAAGUUAUUUCCAAUUAUCCUAAGAAGAAACCAGAUAUUUUAGAUGAAGUUGAAAGAAUGUUGUUCAGACCUCAUAUUUCAAAACGAGCCCAAUACUAUGGUGUAUGUUUCCUGUCGCAAUUCAAAUUAUCAGGAACAGAUAAGGAACUCAGUAGACGAUUGAUUAUAUUGUAUUUUUCGUUUUUCAAAGCUUGUGUGAAAACAGGUGAUAUCGAUUCAAGGCUAAUGGGAGCCUUACUAGUAGGAGUAAAUCGAGCAUACCCUUAUGCUUCUCGAGGUAAAUCAAACGAGCCAAUUAUUCCUGAUGAACAUGUUGACACGAUGUAUAAAGUAGUUCACUUAGCUCCAUUCAAAAUCGGAUUACAAGCCCUAGCUUUACUCCUGCAAAUAUCUAAUACCGAUAGAUUUUAUAAUGCUCUGUACAAGAAGCUUUUCGAUAAAGAGCUCAUUCAGACGUCUCACCAGGCCAUUUGGUUAAACUUGAUGAUGAAAGCUAUCCGUAAAGACACCAAUAAUAAUCGUCGAAAAUCUUUUGUAAAAAGAAUUCUUCAAGUUUGUUUGUAUUUUCCGGUACCUUUAAUAUGUGGUAUUUUAGUCAUCGUAUCCCAGCUUGUAAAAAAUAUUGAAGACGUCCGAGGUAAUUUCAAGUUUCUUAACGAACAAGAAGAAUUAGAAUUGAAAGAGGAAUCCCAAGAAGAUGAUAUUUUAUCGAACCUGAAAAGAUUCGAUGACGAUGAUGAGGACGAAAGAUACGACGAUGUUAAAACCGAGGAAGAAUUGGCCGAAGAAGCAGCAAAUCCUACUCCUAAAUCUCCAGCUCAACCAUCAGUUCCUUCUUCAUGGUAUCAUCGUACCAUUUCAGCACCAAAAAUCGAAACUCCUGUAGUGGAGAAAAAAUACCAAGAUCCCGUAGCUUACGAUCCACUUCACCGGAAUCCAGCCUAUGCUGGUGGAGAGAAAGCAGUAUUCGUAGAAUUAUACGCUUUAUCUCAACAUUUCCACCCCACCGUGUCAUUAUUCGCCAAAAAAGUUAUAAAAGGAGAAAGAAUCAAUUAUACUGGCGAUCCCCUGAAAGAUUUCACACUAGUACACUUUUUGGAACGAUUCUCUUACAAGAAUCCGAAGAAGUCUAAAUUCGAUCGAGGUGAAGAAAAAGAGGAACUCUUCAGAGCAGUCGGAUCACAGCGCAAACAUUACAAUCCAACUGGAAUGAAAGCUCUAUCAGUUAAAAGUGACGAAUACCUAAAUCAAACCGAAUCUGCAAUACCAGUUGAUGAACUUUUCUUAUACAAGUAUCUCAAAGACCAACGCGCUAAAAAAGCCGAAGAAAGCAGUUCGAGCGAAGACGAACUUGAAUUAGAUAGUGAUGAAAAAGAAAACGACGACUUUUCCAGCGAAGAAGAUGAAGAUAGCGAUAAAGAACCAGAACAUUACAAUGAAGAAUACGAAGAAUCCGAACAAGGAUCGAUAUCGGAUUUCGAAAAAGAUGAGAAUGAUGUCGAAGAUGAUGACGAUGAAGAUAUUGAUCUUGGCUUGGAUGAAGAUGCCGAUGACGAUGAUAACGAGUUGGAUCUCGCUUCUGCGUUGAAAAAGAGAAUCACCAGAGAUUUUGGCAGUAUGGCUGUUCCUGCUGAACAAUUUUCCGAAAUGUUAGAAGAAGCUGGAAAAGCUAAAUCUGGAGGAUCGCACGAUAUAUUCAAUCGAGAUAAUGCUAGUGAAAAACAAUUGAAAUGGGAAUCUAAAAGAAUGAAUAAAAGGAUGCCCAAACAAAAAGGCAAUUUCAGAAAACGAAGAAGAAACUAGAUCGUUCCGGAAUGAACAACGAACGAAGAAGAUUCGAGUUUUAUCUGAAAUUUCGUUCUAUGCGAACUUCGUUGCUAUUUAUUGUAACUAGUUUUUUUUUUCAAAUUGACCCGUUCCAAUUUUUAAUAAAUUUAAAUUUUGUUUCAAUAAGAA